AAAAAUUAAAUUAAAUUAAUAGUUUAAAUAAAAAAAUAAAUUUUAAAUAUAAAAUAAAAAUAUAAAUUAAUAAAAUAAUAAAAUUAUAAAUAAUAAAACAUUAGAUGGUUGUUAAUAUUGAAUCAAUUAAAAGAGUAGAUAAUAAAACUAUUGACAAAGAUUAUUUUUAUGGAUUAAUUAAAGAAAAUCAACCAAUUGUUUUUUCACAAUUUGCAAAAGAUUGGGAUGCUAUAAAGAAAUGGACACCAGAGUAUUUAUUGGAUAAGGUAGGUAAACAUCAAGUUGAUGUUGAUAUGUGCACUUUUGGACCAAUGCACGAUAUUAAGAGAAUGGAAUUCUCUGAAUAUUUAAACAAAUCAUUAAAUAAUGAAUUUAAAAGUGUUGAUGAAAAUGGAAAUAAAUUAAGAAAAUGUAAAAAACCAUACCUUCGUAACUUUGCAUUAUUCGAUGAAUUUAGUGAAUUUAAAGAUGAUGUAAAGAAUGAAGUGGUUUUCAACACCGACAUCCAUAAUAUGGUUGUAAGAGGUGCAUUCAUUGGUUCACCAGAUUCUGCUACAGAUUUCCAUAAAGAUACUGGUGAUAAUGUUGUUGCUGUAAUUAGAGGCGCCAAAUAUGUUAUUAUGGUCCCCCCAGAAGAUGAAAACAACAUCAAUAAUGAUAAACUUAAAGAAAAUGAUGUCAAAUACAAUGAAAAUGACCAUGGUGUUCCAAUUGAACAACAUCCAGCUUUUUCAAAUUGUAAAAAAGUUUACACAACUGUUCUCACUGCUGGUGAAUCAAUUUACAUUCCAAUAAACUGGGUACAUUAUGUCCACAAUUUAGAAUUUACAGUAUCAGUUAGUUGUUGGGGUAAAAAGAUGAUCAUUUAA